AUGCACACUGAAGUUUGGGUGCAGCCUGUGCUAGUGCUGCUAAUUCUGCUCUCCAGCGCCGAGGACACAUUGUUACAGUCUGUGAGUCAAGUUGCUGGUGUUUGUAGGCUAUCUACCGAGUCGUCUCUGCGUCGCUGCCGGACACCCGAUGGAAACAUUUGCAGCGGGAGGGGCAAGUGCGACUGUGGUGUGUGCAUGUGCCAAGCAUCGGAUCCAGGGAAAUUCUACGGGCCUCGCUGCGAGUGCCACGACUGGGUCUGUGCCACACACAAUGACAAAAAUUGUAAUGAUAACGGCUACUGCGACUGCGGGAAGUGCGAGUGUGACGAGGGCUGGUUUGGAGAGGCCUGCCAAUUCCAGGAGGAGUGCAAACUGUCUGGAAAGAAGAGCAGGGAGCAGUGCAAAAACCCGCAAGGGGUGGUAUGCUCGAACAGAGGGACUUGCCACUGCGGUAGCUGCAUGUGCAACAACGAGGACAACAAAGGCUUGGUGACGGGAGCCUACUGCGAGUGCGAUGACAGCGAAUGUCUGGAUGAAGACACUGGUGAAGUUUGCGGAGGCCACGGCCAGUGUUACUGUGGAAACUGUUACUGUGCCGCCGGUUGGCAUGGCGACAAAUGUGAAUUCCAAUGUGACAUCAGCCCAUGGGAGAGCAAGCGCAGAUGUUCAUCUCCAGACGGCAAAAUCUGCAGCAACCGAGGCACCUGUGUGUGUGGAGAGUGCAGCUGUUAUGAUGUGGAUCCUUCCGGCGAUUGGGGAGACAUCCACGGCGAUACCUGCGAAUGCGACGAGAGGAACUGCCACAUCACUUACGACCGGUACACGGAUGACUUUUGUUCAGGUCACGGUCAGUGUCACUGUGGCAGGUGUGACUGCAAGGAUGGCUGGUCUGGAAAGAAAUGCGAGCAUCCGCUCUCCUGCUCGAUGUCCCUGGAGAGCAGCUUGAAGAAGUGCCGGGGAACGUCCAGAUUGCCCUGCUUUGGACGAGGUCAGUGCCAGUGCGGACAAUGUACUUGUCACCCACCUGGGGACAGUCGGGUUCACGGCAAGAACUGCGAGUGCGACGACCGCCAGUGUGAGGACCUCUCUGGGGAGGUUUGUGGAGGUCACGGUUACUGCUCCUGUGGACGCUGCAUCUGUGAGAAUGGCUGGUUUGGCAAACAGUGCCGCUUCCCCAGGUCAUGUGACAUCAGCGACGCUCAGAGCAAGGAGCAGUGCGAGACUUCUGAUGGUGUCCUAUGCAGCGGCAAAGGUUCCUGUCACUGUGGCCAGUGUAUUUGUUCCACCACAGACUGGUGGGUGUCCGGAGAAUACUGCGAGUGUGACGACAGAGAGUGUGACAAACAUGACGACCUUGUCUGUACAGGGAACGGACUAUGCAACUGCGGCACGUGUGAGUGCUGGGACGGCUGGACCGGGAACGCUUGUGAAAUCUGGGUGGGGGCCGAUUACUGA